CAGGAUAGAGUCGAAGGAAAGAGUCAAACAGCACCUCCUUGCCAUUAAACUAUCGCCGUUAGAUCCGAACAGGUUUCUACUUCGCCAAAAUGCGUUCCGUUUCCGCGUUGCCCGUGUUUAUGGGCUUGUUGGGCGUAGGUAUGGCUCAGAGUACGUAUAGCCCUUUGCUCGAAACUACCUCUACAUUCAUACAAACAGCUAAAACAACACGCAGAGGAAAAUGUCACGCUGAUAGACCCUAUCAGCCGCUUCGAUAACAUCACUAUGAACCCGCCCCCUCCCGGGAAGUUUCCCAUCCUUCAGACCAGCUUUGAGACACCUCCGGAUUGUGGCGAGUAUAGCUACAGGGGAAGGGGUCGACUGCAAGGACUCAACGCCUUGAUAACGGGUGGAGAUUCUGGAAUCGGAAGAUCAGUCGUCAUCGCCUUUCUACGCGAGGGUGCUAACGUCGCAAUCAACUAUCUCCCAGAGGAAGAACCCGACGUGGACGACCUCGCAAAUUUCCUCGAGGGAGAAGGCUUAUCAUUCGAGCGUAUCCCCGGGGACUUACUCAACGAAACUUUCGUCACCGAGCUUGUCCACGAGGCCGCGGACCGUCUUGGAGGCCUCGAUAUCGUAGUCCCGAACGCUGGAUACUCCGGAGUUAUCAACGGCGAGACGUGGCGACCCAUCGAGAAGCAGUCGACCGAACAACUCGAGCGCAUCUUCCGGACCAACGUCUUCGCGAACUUCUUCCUGGUCCGCGCGGCCGUGCCUCUGCUCCCCCGCGGCGGGAGCUUCGUCUUCACCACGUCAGGCAUCAUCAACACCGUCAACAGCAACGCGGUCGACUACGGCGCGAGCAAGGCUUCCAUCAGCUACAUGAUCCGCAGUCUCUCGGCCCAGCUCGCCCCCAAGGGGAUCAGGGUCAACGGCGUCGCCCCCAGCAUCACCUACUCGCCGUUCUUGGCGACCGCUGGGGUCUCGAAGGAGGCGAUUAGGGCUAUCAGCGCGUCUAACGCGUACGGCCGUAUCGAGCAGCCCGCCGAGUUGGCGCCCAUCUACGUCAACUUGGCUGACCCCCUGGCGACGUACGCGAGCGGAAAUAUUUGGGCCGCAACCGGUUCUAUACCUGGUCCCGUCUAA